UAAAACUAGAUUACAGAUUCUUCUUAGUGUUCUGAGUUUGCAAAAGAUUGGAGCAGCAACAAACUUCCUCAUAUCCUGGAUCCAAGAAAGCCACAUAAACCAGGUUCUUUCUCUUUAGAUGAAGAAGGGAGGCUGUCACUUCAAAGCCCAGACUUCUUUUUCACCUUGAAGCUCUGCUUGGUUACUUAAGGAAAUACAGAUUUACACCCUCAACUAAUAACUGAAGAUUUUAAGUAAACAAAAUGGAAAGAAACUUAAAGAAUAUUCUUGUGAUUGCCUUUGGAUUUCUGCUAUUAUUUACAGCAUAUGGAGGUCUUCAGAAUCUACAGAGCAGUCUUAAUGAUGAGGAAGGACUAGGAGUGGCUACACUCAGUGUUGUCUAUGGAGCCCUGAUCCUAUCUUCCAUGUUCCUUCCUCCAAUUCUCAUUAAGAAAUUUGGCUGCAAGUGGACCAUUACAGCCUCCAUGUGCUGCUAUAUCGCAUUCUCUCUGGGAAACUUCUAUGCCAGCUGGUACACCUUGAUCCCCACCUCCAUCAUCCUAGGUCUUGGAGGAGCCCCACUGUGGUCAGCCAAAUGCACUUAUCUUACAAUUAGUGGAAAUGUGUAUGCACAGAAGGCAGGAAAACUUGGGAAAGAUGUCGUCAACCAGUAUUUUGGCAUCUUCUUUCUUAUAUUUCAGUCAUCUGGUGUCUGGGGGAAUUUGAUUUCAUCUCUGGUAUUUCAGCAGGAGCAGACCAAAGGAGAAAUCCCAGAAGAACAACUGAUGCACUGUGGAGCUAGUGAUUGUUUUAUAAGCAACACAUCUACAAAUAGUACUAAGCGUCCAACAAAUGAAUUAAUUUAUACACUUCUGGGCAUCUAUACUGGAAGUGGAAUUUUGGCAGUGUUAUUGGUAGCUGUAUUUCUUGAGCAGAUCCCAAAUGAUCAACUGGAAAGUACAGAUGAAAAGGAAAAAGCCUCUUUUUGGACCAAUUUCCUGGCAACUUUCCGGCACCUUAAAGAUAAACGGCAAUGUCUCCUCAUUCCACUGACAAUGUAUAGUGGAUUUGAACAAGGAUUCCUUUCUGGUGACUAUACAAAGUCAUAUGUCACCUGUGCCCUGGGAAUACAAUAUGUUGGCUAUGUGAUGAUCUGCUUUUCGGCCACCAAUUCCAUCAGCUCUAUGUUAUUUGGAAAACUCUCCCAGUAUACUGGCAGAAUAGCUUUGUUUGUACUAGGUGCAAUAAUACACUUUUCCUGCAUCAUCUCCCUUUUGCUGUGGAAACCUCACCCUAGUCAGAUGCCCGUGUUCUUCAUAUUUCCUGCUCUCUGGGGCAUGGCAGAUGCUGUUUUGCAGACACAAACCAAUGCCAUCUAUGGAGUUUUAUUUGUGAAGAACAAGGAGGCUGCUUUUGCCAAUUAUCGCCUUUGGGAAUCCCUUGGAUUUGUCAUUGCUUUUGGAUACAGCACAUUUUUGUGUGUUGAUGUCAAACUCUAUAUAGUACUUGCAGUACUUAUUUUGUCAAUGGUGACGUAUGGGAUUGUUGAGUAUCUGGAACGUGGGAAGCCAUCUGAAAUAAUUGCUGAAAAAAAGCAAAGUCAAACAGAAGAAAAAAUUAUUCAAACAAAAAUGUAAAAAUGACAAGGUGUUUGAGGAGAUAUAAUAAGAAAGCCUCGAAGUGGUUUUCUCUGUAGAAGCACCAAAGUAUUAAAUUGUUUUCUCAGAACAGUUUUAGCAUUAGUCACAAUACUUCAAUGUAUCUGUGAUCUCAUGGUGUGAGUAUUCUCUCCCUACACUGGCACAGAUCAUAACCCAUCUCUAUUCCUUUUCAGAUGGUGUAAAUCUUGUCCAUAUGCUCCCAUAAAUCUUCCACAGGGAAUUUGUGCAAUGUUCUGGAAACAUUUUUCUAGACCUCUUUAUACUGAGAUCAGGAUGGGUGUAAUACUAUCAUACUAUUCAUCUAGUAUCCCUUCCUUUUGCUAUUUGACUGGCCUACCUCCUUUUUUUUUUAUCAUAUAUUUUAUAUUGUAUGUCUUAUGGAUCGUUGUUGGAAAUAAGCUUCAGUCCAUUUUGAUCUGUCUUUGCCAUUUUGACUCUUAGAAGAUUGUGAAGUUCAGAGAUUCGAAAGUAUACAGUUUUACUGAGAGAAAUUUUGUAUAAAAGAUUUGGAUCUUGAAAGUACAUCAUUAAAAGUACAACACAAUCUUCUAAAGGCAACACAUUCCUUUCUCUUCCUCCUAUUCAACCAUGGGUCUAAUUGACCUUAUAUGUACCAGAGUAUUAAGUUCAUACAAUAAUCAUCUAAUUUCUUGUCACAGUCUAAAUGGGCAUUUUAAUUCUUUCAUUUUUUUCCUGGAUAAAUUUUUAUAUCAAUCAUAAUCAUGAACAUAACAGAUAAGGUGCUGAAUACCCCCCAAAGAUCAGAUCAAUAUUACCUUCAAGGAGAAAUAUACAGAGGACUUAACAUAUAUCAAUAUAACAAGUUCAAGGGUCAUGGGAUUGGUCACAUUUACUUUUAGGUUACCUCCCAGCCUUUAGAAUCAUCCAGAGAUAAUUCUGGAUUUUUUUUCAGUAAUUAAUAAAAAUGUAUUCUCCUUCAUUAAAUAUUACUUAUUUAAUAAACUGGAGAAACUUUUCUCUCAUAAAGGAUUGCUUAUUUAUUAAAACAACUAAUCUCAUGGUUUAAAUAAAUAUCAGAAAUAUUAACUAUAUAGUUAAAUAGCAAUAUAAGCAUGAUAAGAAGACAAAUAUUUACAAAGUUUUGAGAAUGUUUCAAGGAUCAAAUAUUGAUUAACAAUGUUAAAUAUUAUGGAAAAGUCAAGGGAGGAGCUAAGAUGAUACAGUUAAAGGAUACAUUCUAGCUAAGAUGUCUCAAUAUUCUUCUCUAAGCAACUAAAAUAACACAUCAAAUAGAAUUCUAAAGUUACAUAACCAACAAAAAGUCAGGAAAAAAUAUACUUCUAAGCCAGGAAUGUAAGACAGAAAGAGAGGUCUAUAUUACUGAAAUAGAAACUGUUCAGGAGUAUAAUUCAGCAUUGAAAGCAGCAGUGGGACAGUGGUAGCAGUGGCAGAAACAGCAGCAUCUCCCAGACACAGUAAAAGAAAUGAACACCUCAUCAGAAAGAAAUUCCAGACUAUUCUUGAUGUCAUUUGGCAAAUCCACUACCCAUUAUCCAAUUCUAGGUCACAGUUCCAAAGCAAAGAAAGCUUUUGUAGAAGCAAGAGAGCAGAGGUCUACAUGGGUACACAAUGAAAUUUCAGGGACAAGAGAAGUUUUGGCUGCAAGAGGGUAGAGGCUAUAACUGUGUAAAAAUUACAACUCAAACAAGGAGAGCAGUGAUUACACCACUCCCUGAAUCAUACCACCUUGAAAGCACAAAAAUGUUACAGUCCAUCAUAACUAUCUAUGAAAAUAGUAGGACAAAAAAAGUCUGAAACAUGGGUCAGUGAUCCCACCCCAACUCCACCAAAGAUAAGCAGAAUCAAUUCUAACAUAGAGUUUAAUAUAAAUUCAAGAAAUAUGUUGAAAAAAUGAGCAAAGACAAAAAAAAAAUCAUGACUGGAAAAAGCUUCUAUAGUAACAAGGAAGUUCAAGACAGAAACCUCAAAAGAAGAAAACAUGAAAAUAUCUACUAGCAAAGCCUCAAAAAAAAAUAUCAAUUAAAUACAAGUCCAACAAAAAUUCCUUGAAGAACUAAAUAAAGAAGAAAAACCAAAAAAUUUUUAAAAUCAAACAAGAAUAGUAGAGAAACAAUUAGGAGAAGAAAUUAGAGCAAUGCUAGAAAAUAUGAAAAUCAUGGUAAAUGAAGUACAAAAUUAUUGAAGAAAAUAACUUCUUUAAAGGAAGGAUUGACUAAAAGGGGAAAGAGUCAUAAGUUAUCACUAAAGUAAAUAAUUCCUUAAAAAUUAAAAUGAAAUACUUUAACAUAUUUAACAUGUAUGAGACUAUCUGCCAUCUAGGAGAGGGGAUGGAAGAAAGGAGGGGAAAAGUUGAAACAGAAGUUUUUGCAAGAGUCAAUGUUGAAAAAUUACCCAUGUAUAUGUUUUAUAUAUAAAAAGCUAUAAUAAAAUAAACAAAUAAAUACAAUUAAAAAAUUAAAAUGGAACAAAUGAAAGUUAAUGAUGCUAUAAGACACUAAGAAACAGUAAAGCAGAAUCAAAAGAAUGAAAAAAAGAAAAACUGUGAAAUAUCUGAGAUGAAAAACAACUGUCCCAGAAAAUAAAUCAAAGCGAGAUAAUUUAAGGAUUAUUGGACUAUCUGAAAUCCAUUAUAGAAAAAUAAUCUAGACAGAAUAUUUCAAGAAAAUAUAACAAAAGUUCUCUCAAUACCUUAAAACCAGAAGGCAAAAUAGAUAUUGAAAGAACCUACUAAUUAUUUCCUGAAAGAUAUUUCAAAAUGAAAGCUUCCAUGAAUAUUACAGGCAAAUUUUAGAACUUCCAAGUCAAGGAGAAAGCAUUCAAAGCAUGCAAAAAGAAAUUGUUCAAAUACCUUAAAGCCAUAAUCAGGAACAAACAAGAUUCAGCAGCUACUGUGAAGGAGUGGAGAGAGCUCUAAAUGUGAUAUUUCUGAAGGCAGAGGAGUUAGGGUUCAACCAAGAAUAAUCUACUUAGCAAAACUGAGUGUGACCUAUAGGGAGUAGAUAUAGAUGGAAGUGGAAGUGGCAAAUGAAUAUUUAAUGACAUAGAAAACUUCUAGGGGUUUUUUUAUUAAAAGAUCAGAGAUGAAUAGAAAAUAUGACAUUCAAACAUAAAGAAGAGGCAUAAAAAGGUAAAUAUGAGUGAGAAAUCAUGAAGAACUUAAGGUUAAAUUAUUUAUAUUCCUAAAUGGGAAGAUAAUACAUUUAAUAUCCAACCAUUCUGGAGAGCAAUUUGAAAUUAUGCCCAAAGGGAUAUAAAGCUGUGUGUAUCCUUUGACUCAGCUUUGCCACUACUGGGUCUGUAUCCCAAAGGGGAAAAGGCCCAUGUAUGCAAAAAUGUUUAUAGCAGCUCUUUUUUUUUUUUUUUUUUUUUUUUGGUGGAAGCAAAGAAUUGGAAAAUGAUUACAUACUCAUCGUGGGGAAUGGCUGAAAAAAUUGUAGUACAUGAAGAUUAUAGAAUAUUAUUGUUCCAUAAAAAAAUGAUAAGCUGAUUUUAGAAAGGCCUAGAAAGAUAUACAUGAACUGAUGAUUAACAAAACAAGUAGAACCUGGAAUACAUUCUAUUCCUGUAUUAUAUUGUAUUAUAGAGUAACAGCAAAAUUGUGUCAUGAUCAAUUAUGAAAGACUUGGUUCUUCUCAAUGGUUCAGUGAUCCAAGAUAAUCCCAAUAAACCUUGGACAGAAAACACUAUCUGCAUCCAGAAAAAAGAACUAUAAAGACUGAAUGUAAACCAACACAUAUUAUGUUCAUUUCUUUUUUUUUUCCUCCCCCAUGGUUUUCCCUUUUGUUCUGAUUUUUCUCCCCCAACAUGAUUAAUAAAGAAAUGUAUAUUUAAAAAGUUAAUAUACAUGUAUAAUCAGAAAAAAUAAAACAAUAAUAUUUUUAAAAGAA